CGCGGACACAGACAGACGCCAUCGACUACAUCUUCCCUCUCGGUUUCCCCGACUCGCGUGUUGUUGGCCCGAUUUUGCUCGCCACCUACCAGGUCAUCCUGCUCUGAAAGGCAUGCUUGGGCAUGGCAGCAGAAGUGUUGGUGGCCCAUACGGGCCAGCGCCUGCAGAUAGAUACCUCACAAAUAUCGUCACUCGAUGAUUUCAAGACCCUGGUGGCACGGCAGCUCGCAAUACCAGCCCACUGCCUAGUUGCCUUGACUACGCAAGGGAGGCCGCUGAAACCACAGACGAUCCAGAGCGAGAAGGAAAUAUACGUCUAUGACACCAGGCUGGCGCAGCCACUUCCGCAGGGAACUACGCCCGUUUCCCAAGCCGAACUUCCGGUUCCGAAGCGAUACACCGUCGAGAAUCCACCGAACUCCAUCGAGGACAGCAAGUCGGUACAGUCAUGGCAAGACUUGUUCAAGGCACGGAAAGACUGGGCGAAAAUGGUAGUUGAGGAUUGUCGGCAGAUGGCCGCGGCAGCCGAAGAGCGAUACAGCGAGAUGGACGUCAUGAUGCGCUGCCUCGAUGCCGCCGUAUUUAAUCUGGAGUCUGCCAUCAAGGGGCUUGAGGCGAAAUAUCCGGAACUUCAAAGGUGGAUAUCGGAAACGCAGGCCGACCACGGUGCCCUAACAGCGCGCUGGGAGCAGUACCUCUCGCUUGCACGGAGCAUCCCAGUAUCACCUGCCAUGGUACGAUUCAUGACGGGCCGUGAUGUUGGUGACGCAAAGGGCAGAUCGCAGCACAAGGCCACUCUUGAGGACCUAAUCGACUUGGACACAGCGCGCAAGGCGGGUCGUCUCGCGCCUGCGACACUUCGCAAAUUCAACGGCCGAGUCGCAGAGUUCGAAAAAGUCGCUACCCGCCUGUUCCAGGGCGCCAACGACCUAUUCCGCGAAUAUGAGAGGACAUCUGAGCGUGCUGGGACGCCUGAUACCGGAGAAAUCCAGCCGCUUAUCAACGACAUAGAGGCCCUGGCUAGAAAAAUCGAGACCGACUAUGAGGCGACUCUUGAUUACACCAGCUCCACGCGGGAUGCUGUUGUGCAGAUCUCCAGGAUCGCCUCGAACCAUACGGAGCGCUUGCUGCCAAGCGUGAGCAAGCGAGCCCUCGAAAUGCACGACAUGCUCCGUAGCGCGACCGAGGCAAGAAACUCACUGGCUGCAGAAUCGCUCGCGCUGAUGCGCGGUAUUUCCAAUAUCACUUCGCUGAGCCGUACAUACAAAUUUCAAGUCAAUGCCGUGCACCAGGAGGACGAGUUCGCCACUUUUGACUAUCUGCGGCUUAUUCAACAGGUGCCUUACAUGUACGCGUCCUUCGUUGCCGAGGCGAUCAGGCGUCGUGAAUGGUUUGAGAAGAUGAAGCAAGACUCAUCUACGCUCGCGAACGAGAUGGCUCUGUUCCAGGAGGAGGAAGCCAAGAGGCGGCGGAAGUGGUACAAGUCUAUCGGCAAUACGUAUGGCCCAGAAGCACCCGGCAUGGAUAGCAACGUUCCGGGUCUGGAGGUGAAUCUCCUUGGAGAGGAGGAGCCGUGGCCGCCCAUGACUCGGGGGGAUCUCGAGGAGUUCCACGGAUUAUUGCAAGCGAACAAGGCUGAUCCUGAUAUUGUCGGAGAUGUCGGCAAGCUCAUCUCCGCCAUGGACAACCCCACGAGACAGCAGUCCAAACGCAUGAAGGCGUUCAAGAAUGGCAGCGUUCAUGAGGCUGCCCUCGGGCGCAGUGGCCUACUGAUUCGGGGGGAUGACGAUCUCCUACGGUCCCUCCAAGAUGACAAGUCCAAACUGGAAAGCAAGCUGAAGACAGCUGAGAGUCGUGUGCGGAGGCUCGAGGAUUUGCUUCACCGGCAAACUCAGGCAUCACGGCCAAGCUUGGGCAAUCUCUUUCAACUACCGAGCCAGCAGCUCUCUGACCGGGUUGACUCGACCAUCUCCGUUAGGUCUCCGCAGCCGUUGGAAGACCGGAGGGGUUCUAUCGAAGGCGCCGAGUUCCUCGCACAGCGUGUUCAGCAGCUGGAAGCUGAGUUAGCAGCAGAAAAGGAACGGUCUGCGGCCCUCGAGAGGGAUCUCGAGGGGCAAGUUACGCUAUGCAGCGACGUCAAGGGCCAGAUAGACGAGGCCAACUCGACAAAGAAGGAUUUGCUGGAGAACCUGGAAGCCCUCAAACGGGAAUUUAUGGGAGAGAGGAAGUCACUCGAAGACGAGAUCAAACGCCUUCAGGCGCGGUUAGAGGACACGGAGGAAGAGAUCGACCAUUUCGGGGAAUCUAGGGAGAACGAGAAGGCUUCCUAUCUCGAAACCAUUCAAGCACUCAAGCUCGAGGUCGAACAGUUGACCAAAGAAAAACGCGACGAUCUCCUCAAGUCAGAAGGCAAGAUUAACUUUCUGCGUGAGGAAACACGUCUGCAGCGUGAGACAAUAGAGGCACAGGAACGACAGCUCCAGGCUGCUCAAGAAGAAUCCAGAGACCUCCGCAAGAAAUACGAGAUGGCAAGCGAGACGGUUGACCUACAGCUCAAGGCGCUACGCCAGCUUUGGGUCCAACUAUUUCCCGGCGAAAUAGCUCCCGAUGAUCUCGCCGACCUCACCAGCCAGAUAUCAGCGAAAGCCGGUGACGCAGUGACGAGGGUGUCGAGUUUGGAAAACGACAUUUCCCUGCUACGGGCAGAACUGGAUUCGACGCAUAAUGCCCUUGAAUCAGCAAGAGCAGAGAAGGCAGCUGUCGAGAGACGCGCCUCAGACGAGGAGGCCACAUCGAUACGUGUUCGUGAGGAACUAGCAAAACAACAGGCCAAGAUGGUGGCACUUGAGGGCGAGUUGGCCGACAGCCGCGAGCAACUCAAGCAGCUACGCGCCAAGGUUUCUGACGGCGAGUCGGGCUUUGAGACCCUGCGGAAGCGGCUGGAGGAAGAAGAGAGAAAGGUAAUUUCAAUUACAGAAGAGCUCGCUUCCCGACAAUCACAGGUGGGCAGGCUAGAGGAGGAGGUCGAGCAUCUCAGAGACAAGCUUGAGCGAUCGCACGUCAGGUUGUCCGACAUGACGGCCCUGUUUGAUGCUCGGUCAAAGCAUGCAAAGGAUCUCACUCAACGCUUGUACUCGCAAAACGAGCGCCUCAUCCGCCUGCUCGAGCGACUCGGUUUUUCGGUGACGCGCCAAGAAGGCAGCAUGACGAUUCAAAAGAUCCCUCGGUCUGAGCGCUCGUCACAAAACGCCAACGACUCGGACCCAAGUUCGUCGCUCCGUAGAUCCGGCACGCUCAACAGCCGCAGUGCUAUUUUCAAUAGCGCUGAUCUCACCCUCCUCAACUGGAUGGACUCCUCGGACGCGGAGACAGAAUCUGUGAAGUAUGAUGCUUACAUAUCCUCGCUUGGUGCGUUUGACGUCGAUGCCUUUAGUGAAGUCAUUUAUCGGCGCGUGAGGGAUGUCGAGCAUAUGGCUCGCAAGCUCCAGCGCGACGCACGCGCAUAUCGCGAUAAGGCUCGUGCGUUUCAAAAGGAGGCGCACGAGAAGAUUGCGUACAAGCAUUUUAAAGAGGGCGACCUCGCCCUUUUCCUCCCGACAAGGAAUCAGAAGACCGGAGCAUGGGCGGCAUUCAACGUUGGCUUUCCGCACUAUUUCCUGCGGGAACAAGAGGCGCACCGGCUGCGCAAUCGGGAGUGGCUGCUGGCUCGGAUCUCGCGCAUACAGGAGCGAGUUGUGGACCUUUCCAAAUCGCUGAAAAAUCCGUCCGGGGUGGCCAAGGAAGAUGGUGCUGCCGAGUCGGAAUCUCUAAACGACGAUGAAAACGAUAAUCCGUUCGAUUUGUCCGACGGCCUCCGCUGGUAUCUUCUCGAAGCUGCCGAGGAUAAGCCCGGAGCACCAUCAACUCCUGGGCUUGCCAAGAGUACAGUUGCGGCCAAUAAUGUCGAAGCCAUGGCCGAGAAACACACACGCAGUCGAGUAGGAUCCAAGGGAGCAGGGGCCGGAACCCGUGGUAUCGGUGCGUCGGGCAUUGAGGGGGUGAGCAAGACGCUGUCCAAAAACCUCGAGAGCCGCCGGUCAAGCACAGGCUCUAGGAAAGCCUUGCCCUUCGCGAUGGGGGUUUCGAGGGGCCGGGAUAGUGCUGCCGCCAGUGAGACCAACUCGCUGCGUGCCGCGCCCGCGGAUACAUCGGUGCCGACAAGCCCAACACAUCAGCAUGCAACCGCUCCCACCGUGUCGCAUCGUGAUUCUCCACAGACAUCGACCCAUACUACUAAUGAACUUGCGAGAACAACGGGUAUCAACGAGACGUCGGCAGGAAUCGAACCUGAGCAGCAGGCGUCAACGCGGCAGUUUGAGGUUCGCAAGGAUGUUGACUCUCUGAUGGGUCCCUAAGCGGCAUCCUGGUUUCGGCUCCGGACAGCAAAAUGCUCUUGGGCCCGCCCAACCUACCCAAGGAUUGCGAGCAGAGUGCUUAAGCUGACGCGUCGAGUAGAUGGACGCAAUUGAGAUUUGUUUUGGGGCAUGGGUGUCGACUAUGGGUUAGACCAUGAAGUUUCCGAUAACCAGCUGUGUCGGGCG